AAUGCAUUGCAAAUAUCACUUCCGGGGGGCACACUAUUCCACGUUGUAAACAGAAAGUCGACCCGGUAUAAAAAUGUCAAAAACUGGAAAGAAGUCUGUGUAUACAAACAGUUCAAAGAAACACAGUCAAGUAAAAAACGGAAGCACAAAGACAGAAGGAAAAAAUGCACAGAAACCAAAAAAGAGUGGUGUAUGCUGUAAAAUGUUUACAUUCCUGUUUUUUGCCGUGAUGGUUGCUGGUGUUGCUGUCUUGUAUAGCAAUGAUGAAUACAGAGACAAAAGCUUACAGUUUGUUGAGGUUGUAAAGAGAAGUGUGUUAGAAAAGUAUGAACAGCACAUUAAACCUUUGAUUGAUAGCCAAAUGUCACCUGAACAACAAAAACAAAAUGAGGGUUCACGAGGCGGAGGGAAAGAGGCAUUUGGCAAAAAUGAAAAAGAGCUGGAGUUAGAGAAAAAGAAAAAGGCUGAGGAGAAGAGAAAACAUAAGGAGGAAAAGAGAAGAAUUGCAGAAUUAAAUAGAAAACUAGAGGAAGAUAGGAAUAGAGAGAAGGAAGAAAGUAAAAGGAAAGAACAAGAAAAAAAGAAACAGGAGGAAGAAAAGAAAAGGAAGGAAGAACUGAAGAAACAAGAAGAGGCAAAUAAACGACUUCAAGAGGAGAAAGCAAAACAAGAGGAAGAGAUCAAAAUAAAGAAAGAGGAAAAGAAAAUACAUGAAGCAGAAAAGAAAAGAAUUGAAGAAUUAAAUAGAAAACUAGCGGCAGAUAGGAAAAGAGAAGAGGAAGAAAAAAAAAAACAGGAAGAGGAGAAAAAAAGAAAGGAGGAAGAACAGAAAAAUGAAGAAGAAAGAAAAAGGAAACGGGAAGAGGAAAAGAAAAUACAUAAAGCAGAAAAGAAAAGAAUUGCAGAGUUAAAUAGACAACUAGAGGAAGAUAGGCAAAGAGAGAAGGAAGAAAGUAAAAGGAAAGAACAAGAAAAAAAGAAACAGGAGGAAGAAAAGAAAAGGAAGGAAGAACUGAAGAUAAAAGAAGAAGAAACAAAGAGGAAACAGGAUGAGGAAAAGAAAAUACAUGAAAAGGAAAAGAAAAGAAUUGAAGAGUUAAAUAGAAAACUGGAGGCAGAUAGGAAAAGAGAAGAGGAAGAAAAAAGACAACAGGAAGAGGAGAAAAAAAGGAAGGAGAAAGAACAGAAAAAUGAAGAAGAAAGAAAGAGGAAACAGGAUGAGGAAAAGAAAAUAGCUGAAGCAGAAAAGAAAAGAAUUGAAGAAUUAAAUAGAAAACUAGAGGCAGAUAGGAAAAGAGAGGAGGAAGAAAAAAGACUACAGGAAGAGGAGAAAAAAAGAAAGCAGGAAGAACAGAAAAAUGAAGAAGAAAGAAAAAGGAAACGGGAUGAGGAAAAGAAAAUACAUGAAGCAGAAAAGAAAAGAAUCGAAGAAUUAAAUAGAAAACUGGAGGCAGAUAGGAAAAGAGAGGAGGAAGAAAGAAGACAACAGGAAGAGGAGAAAAAAAUAAAGGAGGAAGAGCAGAAAAAUGAAGAAGAAAGAAAAAGGAAACACAAGGAGGAAAAGAAAAGAAUUGAAGAGUUAAAUAGAAAACUGGAGGCAGAUAGGAAAAGAGAAGAGGAAGAGAAGAUAAAACAAGAAGAAGAAAAGAGAAAACAGGAGGAAGAACAAAAGAGAAAGGAAGAAGAAAGGAAAAAGAAAGAAGAUGAAAUCAGAAAACAAGAAGAGGAUAAAAUAAGAAAGGAACAAGAAAAGAAAAGAUUAGAGGAGGAAAAGAGGAAAAAUGAAGAGGAAAGAAAAAGAAAGGAGGAAGAAAAAAGAAAAAUUGAAGAAGAAAAAAGAAGACUGGAGGAUGAAAAGAGGAUGAAAGAAGAAGAGAACAAAUCAAGGGAAUUAGAAAGAAUGAAGGAACAGGAAAAUGAAAGAAUCAACCAAGAGGUUCAAAAACAGCAACAGAAGGAAGAAGAAAAGAAACUCCAAAAGGAAAAAGAAAAUACAUCAUAUGAAUUCAACUCUUUAUCAAACCCUGCUGAUUUUGCCAUUAGAGAUCUUCUGGAUAAUGCAGAAAACUCCUUAUACAUAUUAAGUGAUGAAGAAGUUCUAAAAAUGUGUGAAGAGAUUCUGAAAAAGUAUCCAAAAAGUCCGAGAGCAAACUUCUUGAAAGCUGAGAUACUUAUUAAAAUGGCAGAAGAGAAGCAAAGUAAUACCAUCCUAGAGCAAGGUAUUACACAAUACCAAAAAGUCUUGGACCUACCAGAUGUUCCUUAUGCUCUGUUGGUAGAUGCUGGAACAAAACUUGCUGAAAAACAAGUUUUUAGAGGUUGGAAUGGAAAGGCAACAAAGACCUGGAGAUUUUUAUCAGACAAAUAUCCAAAUGAUGUUAAAUUAAAGAAUAAGUUAGGUGUCAGCUAUUUAAUGGCUAAUCAUAAUGAGGAAGCUAGAAAAACAUUCGAAAAGGUUUUAGAGAUGGACCAUGGAGAUGGAUUGGCCAAAGUUCAUCUUGGAUUUAUUAUCAAAACAAUCGACAAUGAUCCUGAGAAGGCUCUACCAUUUUUGAUUGAAGGGGUGGCAAGUGAAGCUGAAGGCACAAAAGAUGGAAGAUUCUAUUUUCAUCUAGGGGAUGCAUUCCAAAGACUGAAUUUACUCAAAGAAGCUUAUAAAAUAUACAAGGCAGGAGCUGAGAAUGGGUUGUUUCUGUCCACUAUACAGAGGUCACUGUAUAAUGUAAACACACUUACUGGUAGACCCUGGUGGACUGCUGAAGAAACAGGAUACACAGAGGAUUUAAAGCUUUUUGAACAAAGUUGGAAAACCAUUAGAGAUGAAGGAAUGGCACAGCUUGAUGCAAAUACUGGAGGAUUUACACCAGAAUCAGAAAAUCUUAGAGAAAAAGGAGAAUGGAAACAGUUUAUUCUUUAUCAGAGAGGACAGAAAAAUAAGAAAAAUUGUGAAAAAGCACCAAAGACUUGUGAGUUGAUAGAUAGAAUGGAAGCAGUAAAGACAAAUAAGCGAGGGCAGGCAAAAUUUUCUGUUAUCCAUCCAGGAACACAUAUAUGGCCUCAUUGUGGUCCUACCAAUUGUAGAUUGAGGGCACAUCUAGGACUGAAAGUCCCUACUGGAAUUAACAUCAGGGUUGGCCAGGAGAAAAGAACCUGGAAAGAAGGAAAGUUUAUCAUAUUUGAUGACUCAUUUGAACAUGAAGUUUGGCAUAAUGGAAAUGAGUUAAGAUUGGUGUUAAUAGUUGACUUUUGGCAUCCUGAAUUGACAGAGGAACAAAAAAAGACAUUGUCGCCUAUUUAACUGAAGGAGAUCAUGAAUAAUAUUCAAAAUGGCAGCCAUAUCUAAAAAUAAAACUUUCAGCAAGGGAGGAAAAGAUCUGUGUGGAAAAAAAGUUGUUUGAAUUUGAUUUCUUAAGUUUUUUGCAUUGAGAAAAUUAAAAUGGACCAAAAUUGUAAUAAUUGUAUAUUUCCUAUACUUAAUCAUCACAAGAGCUUUAUCAACGUUUUAUAAAAUGACAUUGGGAUAAAGUUUUUUGCAUUCAAUAAAGGGGCCAAAAUUGUAAUAUUAUAUAUAAAUCGUGAUAUCAUAUAGAGGUUAAGUAUUAAGUGAGAUUUUUUUUUUAAAGUAUUAAAAGAUUAUUAAUAUGUUAACAAAUGAAAGGUUAUUUUUCACCCUCAAUUUUAUUCUGACAUCGAACAGCGCUGUGUUGAGAUGUGGCUGAGAAACAUUCUUAAAUUUGAAAGAUAUGUUUAUCCUUAUUUAGCCUAUGACGUCAUUGAUGUCACAUGUGUAUUUAUUUUCUGAUGAUAUUUUCUAUCUCAAGAGAUUAUCAUGACAUGAAAUAGUUAAAAAAGAUAAAAGGAAAAAUACAAAGAAAUGGCGAUAUUGAAAUAUUAUCAGAAAAAUAAAGAUAUGGCAAAUGAAAUAAACAUAUAUUUGAGAUACCAUAGUCAUUUUUUCAAUGAUAUGAUUUAAUCAUUUAUGUUUUGUGAAUAUCAUCUUUGGUGCUUUUUGUUCAUAUCUACAAAAUUUUAUUUUUUGGUUGUAAAUUUAUAUUUUAUUUCUUGCAGUAUUUUGUACUUUUUAUUGUUAUGUUUAUUUUCAAUCUCAUUAAAAUCCGCUGUUAGUUUUUGCUUUGGUAUUCUCCAUCAUAACUAAGAGCGACCAUAGUGUUCAACAACAUCGGAUUUUGAUAAAAAUUGUUUAUUUUUUAAUUAUAAAGAAAAUUGGAAACCAAAGUAUUCAGUCAUGAUUUUUCAGAUUAGAAAAUAAUUUUUUAUCUGAAAAUAUUAAAUCAUUUUCAUUUAUAAGAUAGCAUAAUUUCUUAAGAACAAAUAGUGCUGUGUAAGCAGUGUAAAGUGCUUAGUAUUUUUUUCUGAGUUUUUCUUGUUGAUUUUUCCUAGAAAUUUGAUUUCAAUUUGUUUUUCUACAUGUAUCAUUUGUUUAUCCCACAUAUUUAUUUUAUAUAUUAUUACAGUAUAAAUCAUUAGAUUUUUAUUGUAGUAGAUUUAUGUAUCUAUAUAAAAAAAAUUUGAAAAAUAAGAGGGAGAAGGCUUUUGGAUGUUCUAAUAUUGGUUGUUUGGUGAAUGGUUGCUGGAAAAUUUAUUUUGUGUUGAAUCUCUACGUCAUAAUGUAUAAGUUUGUUGAGGGUCAGUCAAAAAAUAGUUUUAUUUGGAAGCGAAAGCAACAUGUUUUAAUCCUAAAGCACAUGUUCAUCACUAUAAGCAAAAAGUAUGUAUAAAAUUUCCUGCCUAGUAUAGUGCCUUUUAUCAUAUAAUUGUCAAUAAAUUCCUUCAUUUACUAACAUAACUAAACAUUUAUAUUUCUUGAUACUUUUCAUAGUUUGAUUUGAAAAUCAUUUUUAUAAAGAAAUGGGGUAAUAUUUUGAAAUAUAUUUAGAUCACAUUCCAAAAAACCUUUAUUUUUAUACAAAGGGUGAUUGCAUUUUCUGUUUAUAAGGAUAUAUGAGAUUAUUUGUGUAUACUACAGAAAAGUGCAUUACUCUUGUGAAAUUAAAAUUUUGAUAUUUCAAAGGCAUAACCUAUA